GGCAACUUUUCAUGUGUUUUUAAAGUAUACAUACAUACUUCUGAUUUGUACAUUGUUUCUUUUUCGAACCAGAUGAUUAAGAAUAAUGUUACUGACCGUAAACUAAAUGUGGAAGCCAUAAUUAAAAACAUUAACACAAUUUCUUUGGAGCUAAAGAAACUGAAUGAUUUGCACCACAUGUACACUACAGCAGUUACCACCAAGGAGACUAGGACUGCCACAACCAGUUUAGACCAGUCAGAACAUACUGCUGAAACUGGGGAGAGGAUCACCUCAAGUGCAAUCAAGUUGUGCCCCAGGAAGAAGAGGGAAGUGGCUGUUAGUUGGGCACCAAGUAGGGAGUGCCUGUUAUGUUUUUUCAUAUUCCAGCCACAUUGA